CCGCACGGUGCGGGUGCAGGGCUUCCCCGCCGAGCUGCCUCCCGACAGGGCGGCCGACAAGCUGACCAUUCACUUCCUGCGCUCCCGCAACGGCGGCGGCGACAUUGCCGACGUGCGGGUGCUGCCCGGGUCCCCGCCCUGCGCCCUCAUCACCUUCGAGGCACCAGAAGUGGCCCAGAGGAUCCUGAAGGUGAAAAACCACGUGCUGGCAAUUGGAAGGACACAGUAUCCUCUGGAGGUGACACUGCACACUGCAGAGCUGAACCCUGAUGAGAUCUUCAUACAUGUGUGCAUGACAGUUGACUAUGGCAAGCUGCCCACAGGCAAAACCCUCCUGACAGACUUGCACGAAAGCUACAGCAAUGCACAGUUCAGCUUUGACUCAAAGACUAUGCACUGCACAGUCCAGGGACCAUUCACUGAGCUGCAGACCUUCAGCAGAGACCUGCUGGGCAGCCUGAACCUCAGGAGCCAAGGCAUUGAUGAGAUCCUUCUGCCAUCUUCCAGCUCUGGGGCCAAAGAGCUGGGAAAGCAUGAUCACCAGCAAGUGCUUGAUUCCACUGAGUCAGCACAAGAGACAGCACAGCUGCCAAACUGGGACCAGGUGCAUGAAGCAGCAGCUAAAGCCCCAUUACCUCAGAGCCCAGUGGGUGGGGAAGCUGUGGAACUUUUGGGGAAGCUGGAGGACUUUUCCCUAGCAAUGGAUUUAGACAUUUACUUGUACAUGCAGAGGUUCUGUGCUGCUGAGUACCAAGGUGUGCUGCACCAACAUCACGUGGAUGUGGUGGAUGUCAGCGGUGAUGACAUUGUUGUAUUGUACCUCCAGCCAGCUGGAGGUCUGGCUGGGGCCAUAGGUGCCUUGCAGCAGGCCCGCCUGGCCCUGCAGCAGCUCUACCAGCAGCUGGACCUGAGCCUGUGCAAGGAGAAGAUCGCUAAGGAAGGGCUAGGAGUGGACAGCCAGGCUCUCAGGGCUCUGAUGUGUGAGCUGCAGAAGCUGUAUCCCCAGCUGCUCUGCCAUGAGGAUCUGAAGCAGCUUUAUCUUGUUGGAAACCUUGUUGAUGUGUCCCAGGCCAAGCAGUUCCUUCAGGAUUCUGUCACCAGGAGAGAUGCUGCACACACGGUUGACACUCUGAGCAGCUCCCAGCCCUCUGGCACCACAGAGGCUGCACAACACCUGGCCAAAGUGCCUGUGGAUACUUCAGCCACAAGACUUAGACUGAGCAGGCCAGAGCUGAAAGGUGAGUUUAAGCUAGCUGCCAACUUCAGUACCCUGAAAGCUGACAGGUCUCAGGCAGGCCAGGGCCUCUUGCUGAAUCAGGACUCUCCACUGAUGGGACAGGUGCAGCUUUCUGGGAAACAUUCAUCAGAGAUAGAUGCCCCUGGUCUGAGCAACCUGAGGCCACUGACCCAGCAGUAUCGGCCUCCCACCCCUAUGACAGAUAAAGUUCUGGGGUCAGCAGCAGAGCCUCAGCAGAACCCCACAGAAAGGAAGCAUGUGGAAGGAGGUGCCAGACUCACAGGACAAAAGGUGCUGUUGCCCUUUGCAGGCAAAGAAAACAGCACUUUCCAGCAUCUUGAGGACUCUAAAGGCUCAGGUCCCAUUGGGCACCACCCCCACACUGGCAUCUCCAGCAUCUGUGAUGUGACAUGGACCUCUUCUGCUUUAGGCUCCAAACGUUCUGCAUCCACACCUGUGCUGCAACGGUCCAACAGCUUCUCCCUACCAAGGGCAAAGGAAAGCAGCAACUCUGGAGACUGCAGCAGCAGGCUGAGUGAGGAGAUGAGCCUGGACUCUCUGCAGUGGUUUUACCUGAAGGAUGUCUGCCAUGGCACUAUUGAUGAGCUGUGCAGGGCUGGAGGGGUGCACAUCUUGGAGCGCCACGCUGGGAACUGCACAAUGCUGACACUGCAGGCAGCAGACAGGAGAAGGCUGCUCCAGGCUAAAUGGAAAAUGGAAGAUCUUGUGAGGAAGUGCCCUGACUUGGUGUGUCGGAGUGUGAGCUACUCAGAGCUCGCUGUCAGUGGUCCAGAUGACAGUGCCCUGAGUGAACUGUGCAGCCUUUUGCGAGGGAAAUCCUUCCAGGUUGGACUCAGCAAAGACAAGUACAAGCUCUGUUUUGCCUGCCCCAAGGAGAUGCUGCCAGGAGUGACUGAGGCCUUCCAUGUGUUUUCAUCCAGGACGAUCUGUGCCAUGAAGUCUUUAUCCAUGUCUCCUGGACCAGACAGUACAGGGAAAUCAAGCUUCAUCCAGCCAAGCAGAAGCCAGGACCCAGCCCCUCCUGGCAGCCUGAAUUCCCUACAGCACCUGAACAUUGGCAGUAAAGUAGACUUUACAGAUGUGCUCAGAGCUUCCUGGGUGCCAGAGGCUGAGGAAAAGAGGUCCCCCAGUCCUUGGAGGCUCCAGCAGGCUUGGGGGCAGGAGGAGGCCAGGGGCCAUAUUGAUUCUGGGUCUGGGAGAGGAGGAAGUGGCUUUCUGAAUCUGGUUCUAGGGGAGAAGCCAAGUCCUCCUGGCCUGAGGGAGUCCCAGGAAAUGCGGAAGACAAAACUCUCUCUGGGGGAGCCUGACACCACCCAGCUAAAACAAGUCUUACCAGACAGAUUCCAGUUUGCAAGAGACAAGAGCAGAGGAGGCCACAAUGAAGCAAUGGGACAGCAGCACUGUCCAGUCCCUGCAGCUGACAGAGCUCCUCUCUCUCUGCCCACCUGGCUACCCAGGGCCACGGCUGCUGAGCCACCACCAGCUGUGGUCCAACAGGCACCUGCAGCAGAGCCCACGGAUCAGGGGAGGGCCCAGGGGAGGAGCAAUGAGCAGGAGGAGCCUAACCUCUCAUCACAGCAGAAAAGAGACCCCAGCUCUGGACAGGAAAGCAGCACGAUCCCUCUGGGCCAGUGUGACGCUUGCCAGGGCUCAGGGAUGACCUGUCAGGGCUCCUGUGGUCACACCUUGUGCAGGACAUGUUUUGCAGCAGACAGUACACAGCCAGCUUGCUGCAGAUCCUCCUCAGAUGUCCCAAGCUGCAAGAUCUCGGGGACACUGAAGAUCUCCUCCCUGUCUCAGAGCCUGCCUGGAUACUCUCAGGACCCAACGCUUUGCCUUGCUUACAGCAUCCCUGAUGGUGUGCAGGGGGUUGGGGACCCUCGCCCAGGACAACCUUACAAAGGGGGGAAUUUUUGUGCCUUUCUGCCUGAUAACAAGGAAGGGCUGAAGACAGCAAAGCUGCUGAAGAAAGCAUUUGAUUGUGGGCUGACAUUCCAGAUCAAGUCCUGCGAUGGAGAGGAAAGAGUAACAUGGGGCCUCAUCCCCCACAAAACCUCCUUGGAUGGAGGUCAAGCCAGGAAUGGCUACCCGGAUGCCCAGUACCUCCAUGAGGUCAGCACAGUUCUGAACAAACUGGGCCUUGUGUGAUUCUCCCACAGCCUGUGGCUUCCUUUUGCCUUCUUUUCCUGCUGAGAACACUGCAGCUUAACAGAGACAGCUUGGGAAGAAGCAGGUGUUUGUCAAAGGAGCUCCUGCGUUCCCCAGAUGGAGCAGAAAUCUGCACGUUAGCAAAGAGCAGCACCUCUGUCCCUGCCCCAUGCAGGCCUCACUGCUCCCCAAAAUCCCAGCCCCUCUUGGAUGCUUGUCCUGCCAGCCACUCACAGAGCUGAUUUCAGCUGAUUGCAGCCUGAGCCCUGUGUAGCACUCAAUAGCAGACACAAACCUGGGCAGGAGUCUGCACCUAGUCCAGCCCCAGCUUCUAGAAGUCUCUUCCAUCUCCUGCCACUACAGGCAGGUUCAGCUCAGCUGCUGCCAGAACAACUGUCUUUAAUGUCAGCUCUUGUCACUGACAGCUCAGGCCCCAGCAGACAGCCCCAUGCUCCAGCCCCUCCCCAGCACCUGCUCUGAGGCCAGCAGGUGACAGCUUUCAGCACCCACAGCAGCUGCCUCCCAGGGACAGUCUCUAUGCUGACCAAUAAACAAGAUUUAUCCUCAUGUUUGGUAGUGGCUGCUCAUGCCUUGUCUUUCCCUCAGCCCAGGCAUUCACUUCAGCCUCACCUGGCUGCUGAGACACCCAGAUACAAAGUGCAGAGCCCAGCUAAAGGCUUCACAAACAAAAAUCACCAUCCUGCCCUCCAGGAAGAGUGUCGGGAACAGCACUGAAACCAACAAUCAACAGUUGUCCCUGAGAGCAGAGGCAUCUCCUCAUGCUGGGAGCAUUAUACUUUGUCAACUGAACCUGCCCUGAGCUGUGGGCAGAGGGUUCACUACAACAGAAACCCGAGCAGCAUGCUGUGGAAGGUUUUUGUUAUGCUUUUAAUUAACAUUUGAAACACAUAAGGCAUAUGGUAACAUUUGACAGAGGAGCGGUACACAUUGUAGUCAUGUAAACAGCAGUGGCACAGUUGUCUUCUGUCCAACUUGGUUACACAUACAAAGCGAAAUAUAUUUUUUAAACAAGAGAUUUGCUAUGUGUCUGUAGGAUGAGCAUCACUCAUAUCACAAAUCUGCAAAUCAACACAAUGCAGACAGUACAGACCAGACCAUAUGCUAACACGUUUCACAUCAUGCUCAUGUACUACUUGCCAAUAACACUUUGCUAUCACGAGGGCUCAGCACAUCAGAGACUUCAGGCAACCAGAGUGGUUUAACACCUAUGAUAGCAGCCAGGAUCCUGCACUAGCUGAAGCCUGACACACACAGUGCUUCUUACUUCUCCCUGGCUAAACAAUUCUAGUUUAAUGCAGGUGUCUAAAACAAAACAUAGAGCUGAACUCCUUCCCAGAGCACUUGGCAGGGGCCACACUCCUCUGUGCAAGCAGAGGCCACCUCUGCUCCCUUCCCUUCCUGCAAUCAGCUUGCAACAGAAGUGAGCUUCAGAGAACCAAAGAGAACCAAAAAUGUGGCAACCACUGCCUGGUGAUAGCAAAGGAGUUGCACUUUGUCCAAGACCAGCAGCACCAGGCUGGGAGGUCACUGCAGCAGUGACAGGAGAGGCUCUGGCACCGAGCCCCCUGCAGCAGGCAGGGCCCUGGUGCCUCCUCCACUCAUCAACUCCUUACACUUCCACUUGGACUCCUCGUGGCACAACCUUUGAGUCAGACAAUCAGUAAAAUAAACAUUAAAUUGCACUUCUGGAAUGGUAUACAUGAUAAGUACAGGAAUCUCCCAGUUCCUCAGUAGCACAACUUUGCCCUAAAGAAGCAACAUUGAAUGGGAUGAUUUUUAUCCUAGAGUUUCGUUUUGGUUUUUUUUGCUUUGGUCCUUAGUAUACAAACUGGCUGGUUAACUUGAGUAAGACACUUGAAGUUGUUUUACACAGGUUCUAUACUUACUGGCCCAUAAAAAAGAAAAGUUAAAAACCAAAACACAACCAACCAUACCCACCUAGACCAGAGCAAGGUGGAGGAUUGCAAGGUUACAUUUAAUAUUGGUCUUCCUGUAGAAAAGACUGUUGCUACCAAGAGACACAAAAUAGCCAGUGCUGAACUCAAACAGGCAGUAACUGCUUGGCAUUCCUGCCUUGAUAAAGGCUUCAGGAAUUUCUAGGUAGAAGACAUGUGAGCCCGAAGAGAGCCAGGAGAUAGGAUUGUUUCCAAAGAGCCAAGGCUGCCAAGGAACAGCUGAUAAAGUCUCACUCAAGGCUCACUCUGGAGCCAAACAGCUGCCCUGGAAAGACAAGGGCUUUACAACAGGUCUUAUGGACUGGAGGGUACAGAACCACCAGCCCCAGAAAGGCUGGAACACCUGGGGAGAGAACAGCUAAUUCACAGAAAGUCCAACGACAUCACCAGCAUUCACAAAACAGAGCUAAUAAGAGUUAAAACAGGGUUUUGGCAAUACUUUGAAAGGCUAGAAUGGAGAAAAGGCCCCAGUGACUUCCUAGUCAUGUAGCAGAAGGCACUGAGAUGCUGUUUCCCAUGGCACACAGGAGGCAGCAGGGCAGAGGGAUCUGGGAGAGCCCUGCCACACUGCCUGACCAGAGGCCAUCCACGUAAGGCACUGAGCACAAAUCUCAGGAUAAAGCAGGGAGAGGAUGUUACUAUGAAACACACCAUAAUAGCUUUCCCUUUUACAAUCCUGCACAGCCAGAAGAGUGCAGGUUGUGUGACUUUCAUCAAGGUGAAGUCCAGUUGCUCAGAGGAGCAGGUGCAGACUUUCUGUGUCAGCAAUUUAGACAAUCCUUGUGUUUUCACAUCUGGCAAAGCAGCAUUAGACACUGUUGGAUUCAAUAUAAAGUAGCAUGACAGGGCAGGUUGAAAGAAGCAGCAAGAUUUUGGAUUCAGAAAGGUAAAAAGUUGUGCUUGAGAGUUCCAUCAGCCUGUGUUUAUGAAGUUCAAGAGAUGAACUGACAAGGAUCUGUGAGAGGACUCCAGCACUCCUCUGAGGUUCUAGAGAACAGGGUUGUUGCAGUAUUUGAAAUUAGCCAGGGCAAGACCCCUGGAAGCUGUGCCUAUGCAUUUCUAAAGAACUCUGACUGAGCCCAAGCACCUGAACCACAAGCUGCACUGACAGACAAGAGUCCCACUGGAGCUAGCAGAGGGAGAAGGCAGAGAGGAACCCCAGCCCUGUGUGGUGUGGGCUCUCUUGGGUGGUGGUGUGCCCAACAGGUAUCUGCCAUCCUUGGGCCCUGGGCCCUCCCUGUGGGCUAGUUAAGCAGGAUUCUAGUCUCAAGGUUUUGCUUCUGGAGCAGGACUUCUUCCAUGAUGGGCAGCUCUUCUUGGUGCCCUUGGGUUUACCAUUUCAAAUCCAAAAUGAAGCCCAAAAGCCCCCACACUUACAAUCCAUGGCAAGUAAGCACUGAGAGC